CCCUCACGCGUCCUUAUCCAGGAGCAAAACUGCAUAAGGAAUGGAGGUCUGCUAAACCAGAAAAUUCGAAGGAGCACAUUAAACUGGUGGAUGCAGCAGAUGUAAGCGCUGUGCAAACAUCUCAAACCAGUUCAGAUGUUGCUGUUUCCUCAAGUUGCAGGUCUAUGGAAAUGCAGGAUCUAACCAGCCCGCAUAGCCGUCUGAGUGGUAGUAGUGAACCCCCCAGUGGUCCCAAACUCGAUAACUCUCAUAGAAAUAGUAAUUCCAUGACUCCCAAUGGCACCGAAGUUAAAACAGAGCCAAUGAGCAGCAGUGAAAUAGUUUCAACAACAGCAGACGGGUCUUUAGACAAUUUCUCAGGUUCAGCAAUUGGGAGCAGUAGCUUCAGCCCAAGACCAACUCACCAGUUCUCCCCACCACAGAUUUAUCCUUCCAACAGACCAUACCCACAUAUUCUCCCUACCCCUUCCUCACAAACUAUGGCUGCAUAUGGGCAAACACAGUUUACCACAGGAAUGCAACAAGCUACAGCGUACGCCACAUACCCACAGCCGGGACAGCCAUACGGAAUUUCCUCUUAUGGCAUCAAGACUGAAGGUGGAUUGUCACAGUCUCAGUCACCUGGACAGACGGGAUUUCUCAGCUACGGCACAAGCUUCGGUACCCCUCAACCCGGACAGGCACCAUACAGCUACCAGAUGCAAGGUAGCAGUUUUACAACAUCAUCAGGAUUAUAUACAGGAAAUAAUUCACUCACAAAUUCCUCUGGAUUUAACAGUUCACAGCAGGACUAUCCAUCUUAUCCGAGUUUUGGCCAGGGUCAGUACGCACAGUAUUACAAUAGCUCACCGUAUCCAGCCCAUUAUAUGACAAGCAGCAACACCAGCCCGACCACGCCGUCCACAAAUGCCACUUACCAGCUUCAAGAGCCACCAUCUGGCAUCACCAGCCAAGCAGUUACAGAUGCUGCAGCAGAGUACAGUACAAUCCACAGCCCAUCAACACCCAUUAAAGAGUCAGAUUCUGAUCGACUGCGUCGAGGUUCAGAUGGGAAGUCACGUGGACGGGGCCGAAGAAACAACAAUCCUUCACCUCCCCCAGAUUCUGAUCUUGAGAGGGUGUUCAUCUGGGACUUGGACGAGACAAUCAUCGUUUUCCAUUCCUUGCUUACUGGGUCCUAUGCCAACAGAUAUGGGAGGGAUCCACCUACAUCAGUUUCCCUUGGACUACGAAUGGAAGAAAUGAUUUUCAACUUGGCAGACACACAUCUGUUUUUCAAUGACUUAGAAGAAUGUGACCAAGUUCAUAUAGAUGAUGUGUCUUCAGAUGAUAAUGGGCAAGACCUAAGCACAUAUAACUUCGGAACAGAUGGCUUUCCUGCUGCAGCCACCAGUGCUAAUUUAUGUUUGGCAACCGGUGUGCGGGGUGGUGUAGACUGGAUGAGAAAAUUGGCUUUCCGCUACAGACGAGUAAAAGAGAUCUACAAUACCUACAAAAAUAACGUUGGAGGCCUGCUUGGUCCAGCCAAGAGGGAAGCCUGGCUGCAGCUGAGGGCUGAGAUUGAAGCCCUGACGGACUCCUGGUUGACACUGGCUCUGAAAGCGCUCACGCUCAUUCACUCCCGGACGAAUUGUGUGAAUAUUUUAGUCACAACUACUCAGCUUAUCCCAGCGUUGGCGAAAGUCCUGCUAUAUGGAUUAGGGAUUGUAUUUCCAAUAGAAAAUAUUUACAGUGCAACAAAAAUAGGAAAGGAAAGCUGUUUUGAGAGGAUAAUUCAAAGGUUUGGAAGAAAAGUGGUCUAUGUCGUUAUAGGAGAUGGCGUGGAAGAAGAGCAAGGAGCAAAAAAGCACGCCAUGCCCUUCUGGAGGAUCUCCAGUCACUCGGACCUCAUGGCCCUCCAUCAUGCCUUGGAACUGGAGUACCUGUAA